AUGAAGAGCUUCUCUUCGUUGUUGCAUGUGAUUGUUUUGUUUUAUUUAUGUUUAAAGACAGAAGGCCAACUGAGAGCUGAUUAUUAUGCGAGCAGUUGCCCUAAUUUGUCUAAUGUGGUUAGAAGAGAGGUAUUUAAAGCUCUUCAGAAUGAGAUGAGGAUGGGUGGUUCCCUUCUUCGGCUCCACUUCCAUGAUUGCUUCGUCAAUGGCUGCGAUGCAUCAAUCCUCUUAGACGGCAGCGACAGCGAAAAACUCGCUCUUCCAAAUCUGAACUCUGCAAGAGGGUUUGAUGUCAUAGACAGCAUUAAAGCUGCAGUGGAGAACGAAUGCAACGGAACCGUCUCCUGUGCUGAUAUACUCGCCAUAACUGCAAGAGACUCAGUUCUUCUGAGUGGAGGCCGACCAUGGACGGUUCUGCUUGGAAGAAGAGAUGGGUUGGUAGCAAACCAGAGUGGUGCGAACAAUGGGCUACCGAGUCCUUUUAAUAGUCUUGAUGUAAUCAUAGCUAAAUUUGCUGCUGUUGGCCUCGACACCACCGAUGUGGUCACUUUGUCAGGUGGCCACACAAUCGGACGAGCUCGUUGCACCUUAUUCAGCAACCGCCUGUUCAACUUCUCCGGCGGUGGAGCCGCCGACCCCACCCUCGACUCCUCCCUCGCCUCUGAGCUCCAAAGCCUCUGCCCUCAGAACGGCGACGGAAACGUGACGACUGCUCUUGACCAGAAUUCCACAGACUACUUCGACAACCACUAUUUCAACAACCUCAUCAACAAUAAAGGAGUCCUAUCCUCCGACCAGCUCCUCUUCUCUGACGAUGCUGCAGCUACGAAUUCAAUGAGAACUCUGGUUCAGAGCUAUGCAAGCAAUAGCAACCUCUUCUUCUCUCAGUUUGCAAGCUCCAUGGUGAAGAUGGGGAAUAUAAGUCCACUCACUGGUGUCAAGGGAGAAGUGAGGAAGAAUUGUAGGGUUGUAAACUCUAGUUAAUAUUGAUUAUUAACUUAGCUGCGCACAGACCCUGGUGGUCUG